CUACGAAGCCCAUAAGCCUAUUUUCCAAUAUGGUGUCCAAUACGCGCUGCUAAGUGUUAGUAUCACGUUUGGGAAGGGUUUGACUUGUAUCGUGCAUUUCUAUUCACAGCCUUUGAGUAUUUCUAACCAUUAGUGAGUUAUGUCUCCCAAAAUUUGGCCAUUUUUAAGGUUUGCAACCAAGGCUGGAUUGGCGGGAGGUGCAGUUUAUGUGGCUUACGAUCAAGGACUUUUGAGUAGUAGUGAUAAAGGAUCAGAAGCUUUGCGAAAAGCCAAGGAAGCUGUUCCUCCUGCUAUUGAUGAAUGGAUGAAAUAUCUAGGUUGGGAGCUUCCAGCCAGACCCAGUUUAGAUUUUUCAUUUCAAGACUCCUGGAAUUUUGGGGUGCGAAAAAGCAUCUGUGCUCUCUCUAUUGCUCCUACCAAAGCAUGUGAAUAUACUGAACAAGGAUGGCAGUAUCUGAAGACCCAGUUCAAAUAAAGAGGGUUUGUCCCUUUAAGAACAUCACCUUAUGCAAAUGUUCAGCUCAGCAUAUUUCCCCUUUCAGAACUGUAUUGAAUUGUAGUAGUCUGAAUAUUAAUAUGCUUAUUUAAGAAGCAAAAUAAAGAUUAUUAGUAUUUUUUUA